AUAGGAAUACACAGGCAAACGGUUUGAGUUCGGGCAGAAAACCGCGAAAGUUAGAAAGUCGGUUAAGAGACGCGUCUGGUUGUUUUGACAGGAUAAUUACAUAAAAUAAAGGGAAAAAAUGUCAAGAAAAGAAAUUUACUACUCGGAUAAAUACACUGACGACGAAUAUGAAUACAGGCAUGUAUUUCUCCCAAAACCACUGGCGAAACUGGUGCCAAAGACCCACUUGAUGUCAGAGGAAGAAUGGAGAAGUCUUGGGGUACAGCAAAGCCAGGGAUGGAUACAUUAUAUGAUACACAAACCAGAGCCUCACGUGUUGCUAUUCCGAAGGCCUAUCACAAAGAAAUGAAGAAGACAAACAUGCCUUUUUUAAAGUGCACAUAAAUGUUAUUGCAAGUCAACCUUUCACAACCUAUGUUUAUCGAGGAAGUUCAAACAAAUGAAAAUAUUUUUGCAUGUUUUCUUUUUAAAUGCUGAUUUGAUCACUUCUGUAGAAAAUUUUGUUGAGCAAAAUGUGAGGCAAGUUUAUUAAUUCAGGUUGUUUUUUUUCUGCAAUUACUAGGUUAAUGUUUUAAAUUUUUUUUUAUUCUGCAUACAGUUCUUUCCUAGUAUUGGAUAUCUUAUUCCUGUUACGUUUUUCACACAGGUUACUGGCUGUGGAGCAUUAGGCUUAUUGGCAGUACUUUAAAUGAGGAUAAACUGAUUACUAAUACUAGAUAGCCUGAAAUUGAUAUUUUUGUUUGAAAUUUACACAUUAAAUUAAAAAUUAUUAACUGAAGUAAAAGAAGUAAUUAAACCAAUAUAAAAUUCUGCAGGUGUAUAGAAGUUCAGAUUGAAAAUGUAAACUUAGAAAACAGAAUUUUUCCUGAAAUGCAGUGCAUUUAUUCGAGUGAAUGGUGAUCAAAGUGUUUUUGAUCUAAAGCCAGGAUAUGUGAAAAUUGCUUAUCAAACUUCAAGGACUUUUCAUAAUUUAUACUGUACAAGUUUAAAUUAGUAAAUGUUUUUAAACAAAAAAUUUAUAUGUGUAAAUUUGAAAUUGAAAGCUCCAUUGUACAAAGAACAAAGGACAAAGAACCCCAAUAUUAUUUAUUAUGUUAAGGCUGAACCUGAUUUGUUGACAUUUAAUACUGAUAGUCAUUUGUUUCGAUGUGUUUCAAAUGCACAUGCUUGCGGUUUCUAUUUGUAGCACCUUUGUGGUCUUAAAGAGUGGAUACAUUGAUGUUACAAGGAGAACACAUGGCCUAUAAUUCAAGUUUUUUUUGUGUGAGAUAUUCCAUUUAUUCUUUCAACAAAAAUAACUAGUUUGAAAAUUAUUGUAAUUCUGUAUUUCUAAAAAGUUUAGUUUUUGUAUUCUGUGAAUACUGUAGAUUUUCACUUUUAUAGCUGUUACUAUUUGUGUUUCAGUUUACUUGUUUCUACUGUAUUAGUUGUUUCUGGAUAGAUUUUAGAUAUGCUUAUUUAAAAUAUUUCUUUUUUAAUUUAGAGGUAUAAACACAUAACACCACUUAACAUUGAAAGUCUGUUUAAACUGUUAUAUUAUUAGGUAUCUUUGUGUAAGCAGAAUACAUAAAACAGUCGUAAAAAAUUAAAUGUACAAAAAAUGAAAUGUAUUAUUAUCUGAAGUGAAUAAUGAAAUGUUUCAUGA